AUGGCGCCCCUUGACGAUAUCCAGGUCGGAGACCUGGUGAACGUGCCAGGGGGCAUGUACGGCACUGUCAAAUUUCUAGGCCCAGUCGCCGGGAAGCCUGGCCGCUUUGCUGGUGUUGAGCUGGCCCCCGAACACGCCGGCAGAGGCAAGAAUAAUGGCGAUGUCGAGGGCCGGAGCUACUUCACCACAUCGCAACCAGGCUCCGGCAUCUUCGUGCCUAUGAAUAAUAACAAAUAUGUCUCCAAGCGGACUGCGUCUAUGGGCAGCACACCGCCCACACCUUCUAAACCUCCCUUUAGCAAAUCCGUCGGCCCUGGCGCAGGGCCUGGCCCUCUCUCUGUAAACAGACCCAAAUUCAGACGCCCGUCCCUCCCACGGCCUGAAUCACCACGAGCCUCUCCGCCGAAAUUGAACCUGACCGCUCUCCGGACACCAUCCGCAUUUUCUAAGAGCAUCCCUGCCAACGGAGGUGUUCCUCGAACGCCGCUCAGGGCUACCCGGCCACCCAGUCGCCCGUCAUCUAGAAUCAGCAUCGAGAGUGGCAUGAACACACCCGGGUCAAUAAAACGGCAUGACACGAGAACACCAGCACUUUAUGACGGCGAGUCAACAGAUAGAAUCAAAUAUCUAGAGAAACAAUUGCGUGAUCGUGAUAAACAGCUGGAAGACCAGGCGUCGACACUCGCAGAGUUUCAAAAGAGCAUUACCGAGUUGGAGGGUCUGGAUGCGCUCCAGGUGCGCGCACAACUUCGUGAGAAAAAUGAGAAGAUUGCGGCUCUCACGGCAGAAUUCGACAGCCAUCGAGCAGAUUUUCGUAGCACUUUAGAUACUCUGGAAGUGGCUGCCGCGGAGACUGAGAGGGUCUACGAGAGAAGACUAGAGGAACUGAUGCAGGCUAAUAGGGAGCUACAAGAUCGUGGUGAGGAUGUGGAAACUGUCGCAAGGCAACUUAAACAAUUGGAGGAAUUAGUUUCGGAACUAGAAGAUGGUCUCGAAGACGCUCGUCGGGGCGAAGCUGAGGCAAGAGGAGAAGUGGAGUUCCUCAGGGGUGAGGUUGAAAGGACUAGGCUGGAAUUGAAGCAGGAAAGGGAGAAAUCAAAUUCAGUAUAUAAAGGAGCCGGCGGUGAUGGACAUGCCAGCUCAAAAGACCUGGACCAAAAGGAUGAUGAAAUUCGCGGUCUAAAAGCUAUCAUCCAUUCCCUCAGCAGAGGUGAACCGACCGGCCUCACACACAUUAAUGUCGGGACUGCCAAUAAUGGUGACCACCAAGAUGCAGACCGCAUCGCCAGACUCGAACAUCGUAUUGAGGAACUCGAAAGCCUCGCAGACCAUAAGUCCUACCGCAUUGAAGAAUUAGAGCGCGAGCUCGAAAACGCCCAGAAUCAGAACCGCCCCGGCCGCAACCGCAGCGGUACCAUAACCUCCUCACCUCUCAAACAGCGACACAACAGUGCCGGCACUGGCACGGGCGCUGGCGGCGCCAACCACACCCAUACCCUCUCUGAUCGCACUGUUGUCCCCAAUGACUGGCACGACACCACCUCUCCACCUCCCAGAAGCAGCAAUGGCCAUAACCAAUACCCCCACUUCUCCCCACCGCACCAAAACGAACCCAUUCGCCACCAGCAGCAGCUCGAAAGCAUGCAGGAAUCUGACUCUCGCUCCUCAAGCACAGAGGACAGCGGCGCGCUCUGGUGCGAGAUUUGCGAAACAAGCGGACAUGAUAUCCUUACCUGCACCAAUAUGUUUGGUUCUGCUGCCGCCAAUACGAACGCAGCAGGUAAGUCAGCUGCAAAUAACAGCAAGAGCAACAACGGCUACAACAGCUUCAACGGCAAUACCCACCAACGCCAACAAAAUAACCUGGGCACAUCAACAACAAAUGGGUACAACAAUAACAACAAGGCCAGUGGAAGCCCCAGCUCGCAACGCACGGGGCGCGAUGCGGUGCUGGAAGGGUUGAAAGGUAUCGGCGGGCUGACAGCUAACAUGUCGCCGGUCGCCGGUAAGGCUUCUGGUGUCAUCGAUGAGUCAAAGUGGUGUGCUCUGUGCGAGCGGGAUGGGCAUGAGAGUAUCGACUGUCCGUUUGAAGACUGA